CGGCAACGUUUUGCAUUAAUGCCUUUAUUCCCUCAGCCACAUGCUUGCUUAAACGACGACAGUCUGUCUGGUUGUCACACGAUGCGAAGUGCAGCACUUAGCAUAUCGCCAAGAAUGCAAUGCAGUUCCGUGGAUCACCUCGUGCCGUUCUUCCAGAGAGUUUUUUUUUCCAUGUCUCAGUCGCCAAGAUCGCCAAGGCCUGUCAUGGGUCUCUAUGGCGUUCGGCGUAGAGCGAACAAAUCGAUCCAUUUUCGUUCCAUCUGUAAAUCCCCUCAAACUCCGCCAGACGAAAGGAAAAAAGCGCAAAAGAAAAGUUAGUUUAGCGCUCUGUCACUGUGAUAGCUUCAAGCAACCGGGGUUGUGUUGAACUCCGUUCAUCUCGUCCUCCGCAAUCCGCGGAGCUUCUAAGACUCCGCAUCCAUGCACCAGAAACAAAUCUUGUGUUCGAGAACUUUGAGCUUGUGGAGUCACGUCACUCAAAUCGUCGUCUAAUUAUCCACUUUUGGGCAUCUAAACUCCAAUCCCGUGCUUCUAACUCUCAGAACUUGGCCUGAUAGUUUCAAGAGUGGUCACUCACGAGUCACUUGCAGGUCCACGGACAAGAUCAAAACCCCGUCGGGCCCGGCCACUCUCCACCACCGACUCCGACGUCAACAUCCUCAACUUAUCCUUGUCUGUACCUGACAGCGGCACCGAGAGAUCUAUUCUGAGCCGUCCAACUGCCGUAUCGCCGAACUACCGUGGUCCAUCUAUCCACUUGGCCCUUCACAUUCACGAUUCAUACUCGAUUUUGAUGGCCACUCCCUCCGGAAGAGUUAGCCUCCACUGUCCAACAGCCGUUGAGCCUCAAAAUCUGCCCGUCUUGGCUUUUUCGUCUUGGACUCUUGGUCAGCCAGCCUAGUCUAGCCCAGCCUUACUAGUCUUAGCCGCAUUGCACCACCCACCUUGGGCCAACAAUCUAUUGGGUAUCACUAUCAAUAUCAUCAUCCAACAUCAGUUUGUCAUCGGCGAGUUCUCUGGUGAGACAACUACCCAAUAAUUAUCUGGGUCUUUGUCAGACACGGGCCAACUCUUGUUUCUGUCGCUGUCACAAACCCGCCGAGGUCCGAGGCUUUGAUAUCCAGCCUCCAGCUUGACAUCUUCACGCUUCACACUUCAGCUUUCAUCAGCCACAGCUCGCACACCUAGCCAAAGAUGAAGUUAGUAUCACGCAAGGUCCCCAAUUCCCUCGCGGACGAGACCGUUUCUCUCCUGCCCGAGGAUCCCGAAGAUAUGUGGCAUGCAUACAACCUAAUCCUAUCUGGAGACAUCAUCCAUGCUCACACUGUCCGUAAAGUAGUCUUGUAUUCAGACACUGGGAGCUCGAAAUCUGAGCGUUUUCACACUGAACUGGCUAUCAAGGUCAAAUCCACUUCCUUUGAUCCUAUCAUCUCAUCACUCCGCGUUUCUGGAACCAUCAUUUUAGAGAACCAACAUGCCGCCUUAGGCUCUCAUCAUACCCUCGAUCUCGAGGUGAACCGCCCGUUUACUAUCAUCAAGCCAGAAGGAUGGGACUCUGUCGCAAGAGCCACUCUUCAAGAGGCAUUAUCAGAUGACAAGGAUGGUGCCGUAGCAGCCGUUGUCAUGCAAGAAGGACUUGCCAACAUCUGUCUCAUCACACCGUUCCGAACCGUCCUCAAAGUCCGUGUUGAGAGCGUGAUUCCCAAGAAACGCGAUCUUGCAUCAGACCAAGAUGCAGGUAUGCGCCGCUUCUUUGAGAAGACAUUGUCGACUCUUUUACGAACUAUGGACUUCACACAGUCACGGCCGCUGUUACUGGCGAGCCCAGGCUUUGUGGCUGGAGACUUCAAGCAGUAUAUCGCCAACCAAGGACGGGAUAAAGCAGACAAGGUGCUUACAGCGGUGGCGAAGCAGGCUACGGUGGUUCACUCCAAUUCUGGUCACGUCCACAGUCUUAACGAGAUCCUUAAAAGCCCUGAAGUCUUGGCCAAGAUGAAGGAUAUGAAGUUCGCCCGUGAAACGCAGUAUGUUGAUCAAUUCUUCGACAUGCUAAAGCUGGACGAUGGGCGUGCAUGGUAUGGUACUUCAGCUGUCGAAAAGGCCGUCAAAGACGGAGCCGUGGGGCCAGGUGGUGGUGUUCUCCUGGUCAACAAUUCUCUGUUCCGAAGUGAAGACCUUACUCUUCGCAAAAAGUACGUCGCUCUGGUUGACAAGGUACGGGGUGAUGGCGGUGAGGCGAGGAUUCUCAGCAGUGAUCAUGAGAGUGGUCAGCGAUUGACUAUGUUGGGCGAUAUCGCUGCCAUACUCAACUACCCAAUGCUGGACCUUGAUGAAGACGAUGCCGAUGAAGAUAACGAGGCAACUGGAGAGCCUACUAUGGAAAAUAGUGUCAUCUAGUUCAACGAAUAGACAAAAGAAAUGAGAUAUGAAUUCAUGAGGCUCUACAGCUGCGGUGUUACCCUAUACCGUUUCGUGAAACCUGCUCAAAGGACAUCGCUCAGUUUGCCAUAGCUGCACAUCCCUCAAUCUU